AGGGAAUAAUAUAUUACAUGUUAAGAUACAUCUACACUAAGCCGUGGAAGGCUUCUUCCAUUUCAUCUCGAGAACCCGCCCAGACAACCGGUCCUUGUUCCGUCGCCGCACUCGGUCUACCGCAGGGUAAGUCUUUGAUUCGCCAAGAGACAAAAACAUCGCCGACUGUCUGGGUGCGUGCGUUGUCGAAAACGAGGUAAAGACAUCCAUCAUCGUGGAAGAAGC